AUGGGAACACGCCGGAAUGGUCUAUGGAAAAGGAGACUGAGAAAACCAACGUUGAGCAGAGCACCUUCUGAAGACAGUGUGUCAGCAGUUUUCUCCAAGCAAGAACCAACUCUUGGCGCCAAGAUCGCCAACGUCGCCAAAGGCGCUGCGACUACUGUCUGGGAAAAGAAGAAGGAGACGUGCGUAUUGCUACCGCAUAAUACGCCAUGCCUGUCAAAUAAGUGCGUGCUGAGUAAAUUGCCCGGUCUUCGACAACUCAAGGAUAAAUUCCAGCCAGAAAAGAAGCCUGAAGCCUAA